GGAGAAUAACGCGUGGUUGGAGGAACAAUUGAAAAAUGGAUAAGAUAAUACAACAAAAGGAUGAUCAAAUUAUGAAGCUGCAGGCCCAAUUAUUGGAACAACACAAAAUAUUAGAUAACAGCAAAGCUAAGGAUGCUCAAAUUUCGAGUCUACAAGCUCAGCUAGGGGAAAAGAACAAAUUGGAAUGGAACAGUUUCCAAACAGUGAAGGAGGUUUUUCCAAACUCAUCCCUAACUGAACAUGAGGAUGAAUUGGCAUUAGGCGAACAGUCAGUUAUUAGUCUACCACCUGACAGUGUGUUAAAGUUAAAUUCUGUUAGUGCUGCACUAAAAGAAUGGUUAGUAAUAAGUCCAUGCAGCGAAGGAAGUGAACAAUUGUGGGACCGUAUUUGGGCUGAAAAUGGGUGUGGUACGGAAACCCAGAAAUAGCACGAGUUCA